AGUGAGUGCCAUCCCGCUUUCUCCUGGCAGUGGUGCCCAGCCCGCUGCAGAGCAGGGUGAGUACACAGCCAUGCGCACCCUUCUGCGCGGGGUGCGUACCGUGCAGGCACGCAGGGGAGGUCCCUGCCAGCGCGCACCAGGCCACUGACAGUGUGUGGCUUUUACCUUGCCCUGACUUGGGUGCUCUGUGCAACCAGGCUGCAAUUUGUCUCAUGAAUAGUAAGUCAUAAGCAGUGUGAUGACCACGAUGUGCCGGUGAGCAGCACCCUCCUGUGGGCCAGGUCCAUAUUCCCAAGAUGCAAGAAAUGACACAUUUGGUCAGGUUUAGUGCUAAUUGUACUUUACAAUAUGUGUAGUUAUAGCACAUGGUAUUACAUAUUCAGGCUUAGAAACUUGCUGCCGUGUAUUUUAAUGUUACUUGACAUAACAGGUUAUAUGACUUGGUCAGGUCACGGCCAGUAAGAGUCAGAACAAAAAUUAGAGCAGCGCUGGGUGCAGUUCUGAGCACUUACUGUGAGCAUUAUCUCUGCACACAUGUCCUUGAGUUAUGCAGAAGGUUUUCUUGAUCCGGCGUGGCUCAGCUUUUACCUGAGGAUGCCUUUUACCUUAGGAGACCUCAGCACACAUGCUGUAAUUUUUGUGUUGGUGCCAACAGAGUGGUAGGAACACUCAAUUACAGAGAAUGCCAGCACGAGCUUUCUGCUCUCUUGAAAAGCACAGGACAGCCGUUGCCUUCGGUGGAGUUACUCUGAUUCCUGCUGAUACAGAGCUGAGAGAACCGGCUCCCAUCAGCAGCACCCUUUACCCAUGCUAAUCAAGGCUCUACCUGACCUGGGGACAGCUAAUUCUCAGUAUACACGGUCCUGUACUAGAUGGGAUCCCCCCAGCCCUGUCUCCUGUGUCACAGCGUGGUGGAGGCAGCUUGGGAAAGGUGUUCCAGGGGUCCAGCCCAUGCAGAGCCCUCCCGGCACCCGGUAAGCAGCAGGCUAGAAACUUCCUGAGCACUUAGACCUUUGUUACAGCUUUUGCAGCACUUCAGGAAGCUUCAUAACCCCUUUUCUCAAACCUGUUGACUCCCAUCGCACGCUGGCAGUCCAUCCCACCAUUUGCGUUGUGGGGAAACGCUGCUCAUGUUUAAUAGCACAUCCAAUCUGGUUGUGUGGCAGGUAGUGGGAGAUGGGCUGUGGUUUCUGGGCUUCUUACCCACCUGCUGGAGCUUCUUUCUGUCCUGUGACAUUGAGAUGUGACCUCUGUAGGAUCCUUCCCCACUGCCUCGGUGCACAAUGAACUGGUGUGGGAUGGCUGCUGGUAGAGCUUGGGAGCUGGUCACGGGGCUCUGCUCGACACAGAGCCUGCUGUGCUGGGCGGGGGGGGGGGGGCAGGUUGUGUUAGCUGCAAAUAGGGUGACCCUGUGAGCCAGCCAGCAGCUACAGAGGGAAGCAGCAUCCCACCAGCACGGCCUCAGUGCCGUGAAGGGCUUGUAGGCAGCACACACAGGUCAGGCCUGAAACAAUGCCAAAUAGCCUGGGCUGAGGGCCAAUUCAGUAUGAAAUAGAAAUGCGUCUCCCCAUUUUUAUUCCACUGUAUUUAUCUGUAAUCAAUUUAAUCUGUUUACAGAGCCAUUAUAGCGUUUUUAGUUAUUAGCUUGAAAAAUUGGGAAAGGAUUAUAAACACUGGACAUUUAUCAUGCAGGGAAAAACAUGAAAACAGCAACAAAAUGCCGCAAAAGUUGGCAAAGAGUUAUUUUCACCCUUCUUAUAUAAACUGGGAAUGCUCCCCAAAUCUUCUUGCUGGUGUGUUUGGAAGUGCUCUUUUAUUCCGUCUUCUAGCAGUGGGUGUCAGUGCUGAGGGAAGGGCUUGUAGCAGAGCAUUAGCAGGGUGGACCCAGUCUGCGGUGUCCUCGAUGGCUGGACAGUUGAUGGGUGGUGUGUGACCUCUGCAGCCAAAGAUACUCUUCCACGUCCUUUUAGAUGUGCUACCUCUGCACUGAGUCUCUUUCCGAGGAUGUACGUUCCAUCUCACACCUUUCAGAACACACUAGAAAAUGUUCCUUGUAUGUCUGCCGUCACGGUUAAUUGCUGGGAGCAAGCAGUAGCUUAAAUAGAUGCUCUUUAUCAUUAUUUAUUUCUAGGUUCCUUGAUCCCUCUCAAACUUCAGUGGUGUGGCUGCAUUGCCGUGUGCAGUCACAGGGUGAGCGACACUUUUAGGCUGACAGUGGUUAUGUCUGGAGAGAAGUUUAUCUUUGCCUUGCACGCUGUGCACCCCUGCACAUCAGCAUAAACUGCCCUGCCAAGUAACAGGAGGCUGAAAAAACUUCUGUUUUCUGGGAUGAUCUAGUGUACUGCUUUCCGUAUUGUCUGGUGUUAUCUCUUGCAGAAAUGUGAAUAGUUGCUUUCCAGGAAACCAUCGGGGAGGUUCUGUUCAGCCUUUGUGCCCUGGGGCACUUUUGUUGCAUUUUGCCGUAUCUCAGCAGUGGGACUGAUUCUGGGCUUGUCUCCUUUUCCUUGUUUUUCCCUUAAAAAAAGGUGAUGUUUUGCAGAUGUCUACUUAUUGAAAAUCAGUUUCCAAGUGGAACUGAAUCAGCAGCCUUCCAAUAAGACUGUCAAGUCCCAAAUCUGAAGGGAAGGAAAAGCAUCUCUCUUAGAUACCUGACUCCACUACCUGGCUCACUUGCCUUUUGUUUGAUAAAGUUGCACGUGUUCUAAGUAACUGCAGAGCAGUGGGGUGCAGCCAUACUAAGUCUGGGUGGCCCAUUUACGGAGCCAAGACACAUGGGGUGCUACUUGAAAGGCUUCCAGAAGCCAAACAGUCAUAGGUGUAUGUGCAGGCUUUAAAGUAAAUAAAAAAUCCUUGUGCAGUGAAGUUAGCUCUGUUCCAAAGAAAACUGGAGAUGCCAGCUUGUCCUGUUAAACAAAAACUAUGCAUUGAUGCAGCAGCAGAGAUUUGAAUUCACGACACUUCCCUGCUGCAAAAUGCCUGGGGAACAAUCACAAACCCAGAUCAUUUCAUGAUUUUUUUCUACUGUAGGCUAGAAAACUGAAAUUCCCGCUAUUGCAUUUUCCUUGCACCUGGAGCUUGGGUUCCCACCGCUCUGUUUCUAGCUGGCUGCAAUGGCUGUUGCCUAGAUGGAUGUUACAUUGCUGACAAUCCAUGUCAUAAACAAAAACUUUGGAUUUCAUGGUUUCUGCUUGGUUUAAAAGCAGAGGGUGCCAUGUUACUGGCAGGCAACAUCCUGUCUGCACUUGCAUUGUUCAAGCUCACACCAUCUGUCCAACCCUACCUUGCCCAGAAUGGAGCUAAACAGCAAAGUGAGUUUAUAGUGGCAAUAAAGAACAACCCUUGAAGAUGCAUUUGAAAACAAGCGGUUUCAGCAGGUAGCUGUGGUGACCUUGCAUUUGGAAGGCAGCUCAGCCUUAGCCAGCUCAAGGUCACAUGAAGUUCCGCUGGGGGUUUCUUUUUUUAAGCUGUCUGCUAUACGUUUGCUAGAGGAAAUGUGAAAUGUCUGCGGUUUCUGCCCUUGCCUCACCUCAUGCACUAAAAGCGAUUUCAGAGAUGUACACAGUGUUCAGUGUCACCAACUAUGUUCCUACAUCCUUUCUGCCGGGGAGAACAUCAAAUGGGCUCUCCUCAGUGCCCACAGCCUGCGUUUCCAGCACAGAGAGGACCAUGCAGAAGCUGCCCUAGUAUGAAGGCUUGCUGUUCCCAAGAAGUCAGUGCACAGAACUGAACACGUGGAGAAGCCAGCUGGAACAAGGACCUUGAGAGCAUAACUGCAGGGGAAGUGUGGAAUAUUUUAAAGGUGUCUCCCCAGCAUCUAAAUCAAAGCUUUGUGGAAAUGUCAUCCCUCCAUGCCCCACACCAUCUCUCCAAACACCGUGGGCUCUCAGCCCGCUCCCCAAGCCCAGAACACAGUCCGUGCCAGAAGAGGCAGGGGCCAAGCUGCCAUGGGGCAAUGACACGUCCAGCAAGAUUUUAGAGACUAGGUUGGUGGAAAAUAGAUGGAAAAGAAAAAGUGGAGAAUGAGGUGAGUGGGAGUAUGUGCUGAGAGGUCUGAUGCAGAUUGUUGGCAGGGAUCACGAGAACAGAACAGUUCCAGCUGGUAUUUAUGAGGCUGCUGUUUCAAUUCAGGAUGAUAAAACGUUACCUUUCCUCCUGGCCUCUAAUCCAGCUGUUCACCUUUACCUACAAAAGAAAUGCAACCUUGCACUUACUGAAUUGUGCUUAUUUUCUGCAAAGCACAACCCCUUGUUCUUUGUGCUAAAAAAAAAUUGUGCUGGUCUCUAAAAGACAUGUGCAAGAUGUGGAUUGUGCAGAUUUGACACGUACUGAGUUCUUCUGUCUCCUUAGAAAUCACCUGUGUCACACUUCUGACUUUGCAGACCUCUGUUUUGCGAAGCCUGGGUGCAGCCCGGCGUCACUGGUGCUGUGGAAGCGGUGAGCGCAGCGUGGCCGAGCAGGGGCGGAGGCGUGGGGAACAGGCAGCUGAGCAGGGCCCAGGGGCUGGUGGCAGCACGCUGGUGGAGAAGCUGCCAGGAAAGAAAAGUCAUCCUGGAACAAGUUUGGCUUUUUGAUUGUUUUUUUUUUUUUUUGAGCAAAAACUUACACAGAAUAGACGAAAACCUGAGCAGAGAAGCCCGGCAGGACUCAAGCAAUGAUGCUCUCUCAGUUCAGGGCGGGGCAGAGCAAUAGCACACACAGGCAGAUUUCUUUGCAUCGUUCCUCUUGUUUUGCAAACACAUCUCCAGAUACCAGCAAUACUGUUACCUGGCAGGAGCACUGCACUGCUCUAAACCCCUUCAAUCAUUCUUAAUGGCCAGAACAAGUUUUCAUCAAAAAUACUCUCUCAGAACAAUGUUUGUUUUCAAAACACAGCUCUGUUUAGCCCGCUGCACCAUCUUCAUCGGCUGGAGCAAGAUAAAAGGACUGAUUUCUUGGCUGAGAAACUUAGCUCUCUUCUCAAGGGAAGCAGCACAAUGUCCAGAAGGAAGGCAAAGGAAACAAGUUUGCAGUUGUUCGCCUCGUGCUUUCUCUGUUCAAUGUGCUCUGCAAGGUGAGGAGACGGGUCUGUCCACAGGGGACAAGCCCCAGGUAGUGAGAAAACACCCAGCAUCUCCUCACAGCCAGAGGUAAGGCAGUUGGGUUGGGACUAGUGGUGUGAAAUGAACCCAUGGGGCAGGGGAAUGGGAUUUCUCAUCAGCCCAGUUCAAUUUCCAAAGUGCAGCUGCUCUAGGUCUCCUCUCAGGAGAAUUUCUGUCUGUGUGUAUUGUUGUUUUGACAAAUAGGUAUGUUUUGUUGCAGCUGCAUUUUGACUGAAAAACUCAGAGUAGCUCUGGAAAGCGUGUAUGUUACUUAACCAGACUGAAAAAGCAGGAUGCUUUUGUUCUGCAGAUAGGAGCCCCUGUGGUGGGCCUGUUUGAUGCAAGCCAGGAAUGUAAUUUAAAAUUUUGAAACGUUAAAGGAAAACUUAUUUUGAAAAUUACCUCCCUUACCCAGGUGUUACAUUCCUAAAGCAUCACUUGGAAUUUCUCAACAUUUUAAAAAAGAUUUUUGCUGAAGUGGAAGUGUCACCAAGAAAUGCAGGGUUCCUGAAGAAGUUUUGGUUUCAGUGAAAUAAUAUGAUCUGAUCUUAACCCAUUCUGCUUUCCUCUUUCAGAACAAGAGGUAUGUUAGGAAGGAGCACAGGGAUCUCUGUAGCUCUGCUCCUGACAUGGGCAUCUGUGCCGGUGUGAAUGCAAUUUAAAGCAUGGUCUCAGGACUGUGGUUAAUCAGGUCCAUAAGUGAAAACGAACUGGCACCAUGGGAAAGUGCUUUUCUGUUAGAUUUGUCUGAGGUUAUUUUCCUUUAUUUUAUUUAUCCAUGCAAUGAGCAAGAGGCCUGGAGCUAAGCAAAGUGCAUUAUGUACAUGACUGCAACACGUCAUGGCUGCCUGUUCUCCUGCCUUAGCAAUGGAGGACACAUCAAGCCAGAAGUCAGGGCAAAGCAAAGACGUGCUGGGCUCCGUAACGCCAGAAGAGACUCCUGCCAAUUUUAUACAUGUCAAAUUGGAGGAGUAUGAGCCUUCAGGCUUCAGCACCAAGGAAUUAAUCCUACAGAAAGCCAGAGAGGUCUGCACAUGCAAUCAUCAAACCAUCAUCACCUUCUUCUGUCGGCUGUUUCCAGUGCUGGACUGGCUUCCCUGUUACAAUGUCAAGACGCAGUUGCUUGGGGAUGUCAUAUCUGGGCUCCUGGUGGGGAUAGUUGCCGUCCCUCAGUCCAUUUCCUACUCCCUCUUAGCCAGCCAGGAUCCCAUCUACGGCAUCUACACCAACUUCUUCUGCAAUAUCAUUUACGUUGCUAUGGCCACUUCGCGCCAUAACUCUGUGGGCUCCUUCGGUGUCCUGUGCCUGAUGAUCGGGCAGUCUGUGAACCGGCACCUCCAGCAAGCAGGGUACAGUGACGACAACGCUGGCUCUUUGGUGGUGGGCAACUCGACCUCCUCCACUAAUGGGACAGGUGCCUGCGACAGGAGCUGCUACGCCAUCACUGUGGCCCUUUCCUUAAGCUUUCUGGUUGGUCUUUACCAGAUCCUGCUGGGGGUUUUGCAGCUGGGCUUUGUGGCUGUCUACCUGUCAGAACCUCUCCUCAGUGGCUUUGUGACUGGCUCCAGCCUCACCAUUAUCACCUCCCAGAUGAAGUAUCUCCUGGGACUGAAAAUCCCUCGUCAUGAAGGAGUGGGGUCCUUCAUCCUGACAUGGGUUGACCUUUUCAGAUACAUUCAGAACACGAACAUCUGUGACCUGGUCACCAGCCUGGUUGCUUUGGCCGUCAUAGUGCCUGUCAAAGAGGUCAAUGAGCGGUAUAAGGAGAAGAUGAAGGCCCCGUUCCCCAUAGAGCUGCUGGUGGUCAUUGUAGCCACAGUAAUAUCUUACUACUGCAACUUUGAAGAGCGAUACAAGUCUGCUGUUUGUGGGGAGAUCCCCACUGGUUUCAGGAAACCCACUCUACCAGAUAUAAACCUGUUCUCCAGCCUGGCAGUUGAUGCUCUGCCCAUUGCUGUUAUCGGUUUUGCCAUGACCGUCUCCCUGGCGGAAAUCUUUGGCAAAAAGCAUGGCUACGCUGUCCGUGCCAACCAAGAGAUGAUUGCUAUCGGCAUGUGCAACCUGAUCCCUUCUUUCUUCUACUGCUUUGCCAGUUCUGCAGCCCUGACCAAGACUCUGCUGAAGGAGUCCACGGGGACCCAGACCCAGGUCUCUGGCCUGGUCACCUCCCUGGUGCUGCUGCUGGUGCUGCUGUGGAUCGCCCCACUUUUCCACUCGCUGCAGACCUCCAUCUUGGGGGUGGUCACCAUUGUCAACCUGCGGGGGGGCCUGAGGAAGUUCCAUGACACCCCCAGCAUGUGGCAGCUCAGCAAGCUGGACACGGUGGUGUGGUGGGCAACCAUGCUGUCCUCCACACUGAUCACCACGGAGAUCGGGCUCCUCAUGGGCGUCUGCUUUGCUCUGCUUUGUAUCAUCUUUCGCACGCAGAGACCCAGGGCCACGCUGCUGGGCAAGGUCAGCAACACGGAAAUCUAUGAGGACCAGUCCACUUACAAGCAGCUCAGCAGUAUUGCCAACAUCAAAAUCUUCCGCUUCGAGUCGUCCCUCUACUAUGCCAACAAGGAAUAUUUCAAGACUGUUCUCUACCAAAAAACUGGGGUAAAUCCUACCCUGCUGGCCGCUAAGCACCAAAGGGUGGGGGCCCAGGCAAGUACAGACACAGGCAACAGCAAGAGCUUUUUUGGCACCAGGUGUGACUGCCUGAAACAGGCCAAGAAAAGGGCUGAGAAGCCUCCAGCAGAUGCCUGUCCUCCCUCCACAGACAUGCACACCUUAAUCCUUGACUGUAGGGCAAUGCAGUUUAUAGACACUGUGGGUCUCUCUGCGCUGAAGGAGACACGUCAUGACUAUAAGGAGAUUGGUGUCCAGGUGCUCCUGGCCAACUGCAACCCAUCCGUCCGCCACCGGCUCCGAGAGGGUGGCUGGGCUGGCGAGAUGGACAGUGGUGGCCAGCUGGCUUUCCACAGCGUCCAUGCAGCAGUGCAGUUUGCUGAAUGGUGGUACCAUGCGCAGCAGGAGGAGAGCAAGGAGAAAAAGGGUGCUCUCCCGCACCCCGACAACCUGAACUUUCAGGUGUCUUUGUAGACCUGAGUGUGAGGAAUGAUUUCUAAUGGGGAUGGGCUUAGGGUGUGCUGGAGAGGAGUUCAGUCUGAGCAUUCGAAAAAAGAAUCUGAUGAACUGUCAGCAGCAGGCAUGGGGCAAUAGGAUUGGGGAAGGCAUGGAUGUCGGGAGUGGAGUGCCAGCAGCUGAACAGCCUGAGCGGCGUUUCGGGGUCUGUCCCGUCGGUGAGGAGCCUGGACAGCUUCUAACCCUUCUCCUUGGAAAGGGCUGCGGCGGCAGGAGGUGCCGCGCAGGGGGACGGGACGCCGGGCUUCCACCAGCGGCUUCCAUUGCAGGGCUCCC